AUGUCUCUCACUCGGUUAUUUUCUAUCCCAGAGCUCGUUAUUCAUUGUCUUUCUGAGCUUCCAGCCUCAAAAUAUGACGAUUCGUCUGUGAAGACGCUUUUGGUGUGUACGGAAACCUGCCGUGCGCUGGGGGAAAUAGCCAAAACAGAUACCUUGUGGGCUCCUCAUUAUCGGGUGAGAUAUACGAGAGGCCAAGGUCUUGAGGGAGGUUGGUACAAGCGCUAUGUGUCUCAUAGGAGGAUCGAUAUUCAAGCUAUCGACCUAUUAAAUGAUAUCAUAUCCAAACCCUCUAAACGAGAUGACGCGAUUACCAAGCUAGUCGAAAUGGGUGAUUUGGUGUGGGAUGCGUUGAGAAUGGAAGCAAUGUGUCGAGUUCCAGAUGAAUUGAAGGAUAUCUGGGCCAAGAGAGAUCACGAGUGGAGAACAGAACGAUGGGAAGGGGUUGGGGAGGAAUGGAAUGGUGAAGACAAGAGCGGAACUUUGGCCGAGGAGCCCGAUAUGAGGAAUAUUCCCCACGAUUGGAUACAGAGAAGGUGGUGGGCGAGACAAGCACUUGGAACGAUGGCCCGGACUACAGCCGUCCUGUCAAUGUCAAAAGUCUUCUCAGGAGACAAACCACAGCCAACAUCUCUCGAAAACGCAAAGAUAUUUGAGGAAGGAAUUAAGGGGCUAUCCGGCUUAAUGGGUGCAAAUGUUGCCGAGAUUAGUCACAACUAUGAUAACUUGGCGAGAGCAUGUGGCCAGCAUCUUGAAUCCGUUGGGAUUUCUACGGACCCCCAAAAUUCCACGUUCGAUCUGAAGGCAUUUUCAGUUGGAGUCUGUAAUUGGAUGGCGGACCAAGGAUUUAAGCGUGCGGCAGGGGAGCAUUAUUAUGACUUAAUGGGCCACUUCCCGCAUAAAUUCAUGACUACUAAUCGGCGCACACUCCCCAUGUCCUUGGUCUACACUUUCGUAGCGCUGGUCACUCGGCUCGGAUUGCGUGCUUCCCCGGUCGGGUUCCCGGGCCACGUACAUGCAUGGAUCGCACUUCCAGAUAGUGGGUCUGACUGGGAAGUUGGGUCGUUGGCAGUGGACGUAUUCAAUGCGGACAAGGAACCAUUCCUGAGCGAGGAGAUUUUGAGGGAGAAACUGAGAGAACUUGGUGUUCCAGAGGGGCAAAGGAAGGCAUUGAUGGGUCCGGCGGAAGCUUCUGAGAUGGUAUUCAGAGCGGCAAAUAAUAUAUUGCAUUCGGUAACAAGAGUUCAACACCGGAUGGAUACUUCAGUAUCUUCGGAAACACGAGCGGCCGCACUCUACGCGUCCGCCACAACAUUCCUAAUCGCUCGUCCCGAAGCAGCCGACGCAUCAAGAUUUAUAGGCGGAAUCAUGAGCGUAGUUAAAGAGUACUUUCCACUCGAUACCGAACCUGUGCUCGCACGUGCGCUAUGUGGACUUUUAAUGCGGGAUCCUCACCAGUCCAUCGGGUUCCAGUUGCGCCAUGUCGUAGAUCGCCUAAAGCAGGAACAUAUCGUGAUGAAGGGGCGAGGUUCGGUGCAGUGGUGGGUCGGGUUGGUAUUUAGACAUCGCAAGUUUGGAUAUAUUGGGCUGGUGCUUGGGUGGGAUAGGGAGUGUCGGGCAGACGAAGAUUGGGUGGUGGCUGUGGGAGUUGAUCAGCUCCCCAGAGGGCGGCAUCAGCCAUUUUAUUCAGUAAUAGGAGAGGACGGGGGCACUAGAUAUGUUGCCGAAGAAAACAUUAUCCCCCUUCCGACUGCUCCAAAUGAAGCCGGAGAACAAGAUCGCGUUGGAUGGUCCAACGUACAUGAAUUCAUGACCAACUCGACCUGGACAAUCGAGCAAACGUUUUCGCGAGUGGAGGUGAACGAAGAACUGGGUCGGGUAUGGUUUGUACCCAGCGCUAAUAUAGCGCGGGAGUUUAUCGGCGAUACAGAAGUGGGGUGGGCUUAUAUGCAUCGUCCAGCACACGAAUACGCCCAGUAUCUGUAG